CAGGGACAGAGGAAGGGAGCAAAGCUCGCUGGAGUAGCCGAGCAGCGCAUCAUCAUCUCCGGUGUAGGACUGGCUCUCGACUCGCAUGGAGAAGAGGUAUGAAGAGCUGGUGCACUACUCAGGGUCGGAGGGCAUGUCGGUGGGGGGGUACGGGGACGAUGUCAGGCCAUUUCCUCCCCCACAGUAUGGACCCACCAUCCCCGACUCCCUCAAACACCACAAAGACCUGAUCUAUGGGGGAUGGUCUGGACGGAGGAAUGGCCUCCCCCAGCACAGGAGAGGAGGACGAUUCCGACAGAGACAGGAGGAACAACAAGAAGAGAGGGAUCUUCCCCAAAGUGGCAACAAACAUCAUGAGAGCUUGGCUCUUCCAGCACCUGUCGCACCCGUACCCGUCUGAGGAGCAGAAGAAGCAGCUGGCACAGGACACAGGACUGACCAUCUUACAGGUCAACAACUGGUUCAUCAAUGCCAGGAGAAGAAUAGUUCAGCCGAUGAUUGACCAGUCAAAUCGCUCAGGUCAGGGUGGUCCCUACAGCCCAGAGGGAGCAGCUCUUGGGGGCUACGGGCUUGAUGGACAGGCCCACCUCGGGCUCCGAACAGCAGGUCUCCAGGGGAUGUCUUCUCUGCAGGGUGACUACCCCGGCGCUCUACUGUCCCAACCAGGCUACCCUCCCCAUCCGGGACCCUCCCUCCACCCUUACCCGGGUCCACACCCCCACCCCGCAAUGCUGCUCCACCCGCCGCCACACGCACACCCCGCAGAGCCGCUCCUCGCCCAGGGACUGGACAUACAUGCACACUAGCUGUUGGGGGAGUCGGGGUGUGUGUGUGCAAGGGCAAAUUACUGUAUGAAUGUGUGUAUGUGUGGUGAGAUAUAAGUGUGUGUGUGUGUGUGUGUUGU